AUGACUUCUCGUUCUCCAUUCACUUUUCGUCAUGUCGUUGACAGCAGGCAUCGUCGAUCCACUUCCGACAGGUCUUUGGAGACCUUCCCCCGGAGAGAUACUCGGACCUUGUACGACGGGGAGGAGGGGCCUGUUCACGUUAUUAUGUCAGCAGAGAAUACAGUGAAGGAUUUGGUGAAGGUAGCGAUGGAGAUUUAUGUGAAGGAUAAGAGAAGGCCGCUUUUAAAGCAGAAUGACCCUGAUUUUUUUGAGCUUCAUUACUCACAGUUUAGCCUCGAAAGUUUGAAGCCAGAUGAAAAGUUGAUAAACUUGGGGUCUAGAAAUUUCUUUUUGUGCUCAAAGCCUACAAACGCAGUUAAUUGGUCUUGCUCAGAGGCAAAUAUGGCAGUUAAAUACCCAUUUCCAUUGACAAAGUUGAUGGAUUUCUUGCUUUAA